AUGAGGGACACCCUUAUUAACUGUUUAUCACAACAACUGAGUGAAUAUGAAUUACUCACAUCUAUGUAUCCCAACCAAGGUGAAAUUGUGCUUAGUGAAAAAAAUAGUAUUGUUGAAAUCAAUAACUUUAUAGAUAACAAAACUGAAAAAUAUCCAUCUCCCCUUGAUUUUAAAAUUAACCUUUUAAUCAAUAACUUAAAACUAGAAGUUUUUAUCAACUUGCCUGCCUUAUACCCGAAGGAAGCACCGGAUCUUUAUGUGAGAUGUAAUCAGAUGAAUCGAGCGAGUGAAUCAAAACUAAAUUCGGACCUAUUCAAAUAUAUUGCAGAAAAUUAUAACGGAGAAGUAUUUCUUUAUACAGCAAUUUGUUGGCUGCAGGAAAAUAUUGAGCAAUUUACAGUUGUUCAUCAAGAAUUAAAUCAAAUUGAGGAACAGGAGCCUGAAAGAAAAAUAGAGCAGUAUGCUAGGUUUUGGGUGUAUUCUCAUCAUAUUUAUAAUAAGCGAAAGAGAGAAGAGAUCAUUAAAAAAGCUAGAGAAUUAAAGCUUACAGGAUUCUCACUACCUGGCAAACCUGGUAUAGUCUGCGUUGAAGGCCAUCAUAGUGAUUGUAAUAAUUGGUGGAAGGACAUUAAAACAUUGUCAUGGCAGAAAAUUACGCUACGAAAAACUGAAAAAUUUCCUUCAUCUGAAGAAAAAACUUAUAAAAAGUUUUCAAACUUUGAAGAACUCAACUUUAGUAAGAAAGAUCUUGCAAAAUAUAUGAAUGAGCUUGGUCUAAACCACGAGUUUAAUGAUUUAUUUGGGUUAUGCAAUGACACUUGA